AUGGCAUCGGACAGUAGCAACAGAUUUUUGGGCUGGACUUCCAUGAUGCGAUUCUCCAAACCUGCUCUGUUGGGUCCAGAUCUGGAGGCUCCAGAGUAUCACAACCACAGCUACAGCAACGACAGAAGCUACGUCAACUACAGAACCUCCUGUGUCAACCGCAGAUGGAUCAACACAUUUCAUGACAACAAAACCAACAACAUCUGCACCUACCACAGAAGCUACAACAGCUUCGACAACGACAAAACCAACAACAUCUGCACCAACCACAGAAGCUACAACAGCUUCGACAACGACAAAACCAACAACAUCUGCACCAACCACAGAAGCUACAACAGCUUCGACAACGACAAAACCAACAACAUCUGCACCUACCACAGAAGCUACAACAGCUUCGACAACGACAAAACCAACAACAUCUGUACCAACCACAGAAGCUACAACAGCUUCGACAACGACAAAACCAACAACAUCUGCACCAACCACAGAAGCUACAACAGCUUCGACAACGACAAAACCAACAACAUCUGCACCAACCACAGAAGCUACAACAGCUUCGACAACGACAAAACCAACAACAUCUGCACCAACCACAGAAGCUACAACAGCUUCGACAACGACAAAACCAACAACAUUUGCACCAACCACAGAAGUUACAACAACUUCAACACCAACAACACCACCAACAUCUGGAACAACCACAGACAGUACACCAGCUUCAACAUCGACAAAUCCUCCGACAUCUGCACCAACCACAGAAGUUACACCAACUUCAACACCAACAACACCACCAACAUCUGGCCCAACUACAGACAGUACACCAGCUUCGUCACCGACAUUUGGACCAACCACAGAUGCUACACCAGAUACAACACAGACAAAAACUCCGACAUCUGGACCAACCACAAACGCUACACCAGAUACAACACAGACAAAAACUCCGACAUCUGCACCAACCACAGACGCUACACCAGAUACAACACAAACAAAAACUCCGACAUCUGGACCAACCACAGACGCUACACCAGAUACAACACAGACAAAAACUCCGACAUCUGCACCAACCACAGACGCUACAACAGCUUCGACAACGACAAAACCAACAACAUCUGCACCUACCACAGACGCUACACCAGAUACAACACAGACAAAAACUCCGACAUCUGCACCAACCACAGACGCUACACCAGAUACAACACAGACAAAAACUCCGACAUCUGCACCAACCACAGACGCUACACCAGAUACAACACAGACAAAAACUCCGACAUCUGCACCAACCACAGACGCUACACCAGAUACAACACAGACAAAAAGUCCGACAUCUGGACCAACCACAGACGCUACACCAGAUACAACACAGACAAAAACUCCGACACCUGCACCAACCACAGGCGCUACACCAGAUACAACACAGACAAAAACUCCGACAUCUGGACCAACCACAGACGCUACACCAGAUACAACACAGACAAAAACUCCGACAUCUGCACCAACCACAGACGCUACACCAGAUACAACACAGACAAAAACUCCGACAUCUGCACCAACCACAGACGCUACACCAGAUACAACACAGACAAAAACUCCGACAUCUGCACCAACCACAGACGCUACACCAGAUACAACACAGACAAAAACUCCGACAUCUGCACCAACCACAGACGCUACACCAGAUACAACACAGACAAAAACUCCGACAUCUGCACCAACCACAGACGCUACACCAGAUACAACACAGACAAAAACUCCGACAUCUGGACCAACCACAGACGCUACACCAGAUACAACACAGACAAAAACUCCGACAUCUGCACCAACCACAGACGCUACACCAGAUACAACACAGACAAAAACUCCAACAUCUGGACCAACCACAGACGCUACACCAGAUACAACACAGACAAAAACUCCAACAUCUGGACCAACCACAGACGCUACACCAGAUACAACACAGACAAAAACUCCGACAUCUGCACCAACCACAGACGCUACACCAGAUACAACACAGACAAAAACUCCGACAUCUGCACCAACCACAGACGCUACACCAGAUACAACACAGACAAAAACUCCGACAUCUGCACCAACCACAGACGCUACACCAGAUACAACACAGACAAAAACUCCGACAUCUGCACCAACCACAGACGCUACACCAGAUACAACACAGACAAAAACUCCGACAUCUGCACCAACCACAGGCGCUACACCAGAUACAACACAGACAAAAACUCCGACACCUGCACCAACCACAGGCGCUACACCAGAUACAACACAGACAAAAACUCCGACAUCUGCACCAACCACAGACGCUACACCAGAUACAACACAGACAAACACUCCGACAUCUGCACCAACCACAGACGCUACACCAGAUACAACACAGACAAAACCGACAACAUCUGGACCAACUACAGACAGUACACCAACUACGUCACCGACAUCUGGACCAACCACAGACGCUACACCAGAUACAACACAGACAAAACCGACAACAUCUGGCCCAACUCCAGACAGUACCCCAACUUCAACACCAACAAAACCUCCAACAAAUACUCCAGCUUCGACAGCUACUCCACAAACAGAAACUCCACCAACAAAGGGUCCAAGUCUUUCACCAAGCACAGAAUCUUUUUCAACGAAUGCUCCCUCCACAGCACCAGAACAAGCAACUACAAAACCUCCAAGUGCAUGUGCUUCGAACCCAUGUCUCAGUGGAAGCACCUGUGAAGAUCGUGCUGACCCGAUUUACCUGUGCUUGUGUCUGGCUGGUCAAUAUUAUAAUGAGAAUCGAGGCUGUGAAAAAUCCAGGGUUUUCCCUGGACUGCUAGUCUUGAAGAGAGCAUAUGAUGACAAAAUGGCCGACAAAACAUCAGAAAUAUUCCGUGAGAUUGCUA